AUGACAAUUUUUUACCUGUCUGCUCCAUAUUUUAUAUUAUAUUCUCAUUACUACCCCUCUCUCUCUCUGCUUCUCCCAUUUUAUACCUGAACUUCAUACACCACCCACCCAUUUCUAGGCCACCCACUCUGUUCCAUAUCACCUUCAAUUUCUGUCUCAACUGAAGCAAAACGUUUGAUAUAUCGCCCAGAAAUGGCUGUUUCUUUUGAAAGCGGGGUCUGGGAUUGUGUUAUAGAGAUAACCAAGGUGGCCCAACAGAAGGGCAGUGAUCCUCUGCUCUGGGCUCUGCAGAUAUCAUCAAAUUUAAGCUCUUAUGGAGUCAUUUUACCCUCUCCGGAGUUCGCAGAUGUGUUGGUGUCUUACAUUUGUUGGGAUAACAAUGUGUCCAUUCUCUGGAAGUUUCUGGAGAAGGCUUUGGUGUUUAAGAUUGUUCCGCCUUUAAUGGUUCUUGCUCUGCUUUCUGAAAGGGUUAUUCCGUGUCGACGUUCCCAACCAGUCGCAUAUAGGCUUUUUAUGGAACUGCUUAAGAGAUAUGCAUUUUCACUGAAGGCUCAAAUUAAUACUCCAAAUUACGCAAAGGUCAUGAAAUCGAUAGAUGCUACUCUCCAUUUAUCCCAGAAUUUUGGUCUCCAAUCUAGUAAUCCUGGGAUCCUCAUGGUUGAGUUUAUCUAUUCAAUUGUUUGGCAGUUGCUAGAUGCAUCAUUAGAUGAUGAAGGAUUGCUGGAACUUACCCCGGAGAAGAAUUCUGGAUGGGCAACAAAACUUCAAGAAAUGGAAAUUGAUGUCCAUGAAAAUUAUGAUGAGAAGAGGGCUGAGCAUCUUGAGAAAUUGCAAAAUCUAAAUACAGAAAUGGCUAUCGAGAUAAUUGGUCUAUUUCUGAAAAAUAAGCUGACUUCAAGGAUCCUUUACUUGGCACAACAGAACUUGCCCACGCAUUGGGUAAGGUUUGUCCAGCGAUUACAGCUUCUUGGAGCAAAUUCAUCAGCAUUAAGAAAUUUGAAAACUUUAACAGCUGAGGAUCUUCUGCAGUUAACUUCAGGAUUAGUAUUGACUCAAGAAUCAAAAAAAGGGUCACUGCAAAAGCUUCAUGCAGUUAUGGCUUUAGGAUCUUUAGUGUCUUCUGCGGGUGUUUGUCAUGGAGCUACUCGUUCUGCUCUUUGGCUUCCUCUUGAUCUAGCGUUAGAAGAUGCCAUGGAUGGGUAUCAGGUUAAUGCAACAAGUGCCAUUGAAAUCAUAACUGGUUUAACUAAAACCCUUCAAGCAAUAAACAGCACCGCAUGGCAUGAAACCUUCUUAGGUCUUUGGAUUGCAGCUCUCCGUCUUGUUCAAAGGGAAAGGGAUCCCAUUGAAGGCCCUAUCCCUCACCUGGACACUCGCUUAUCAAUAUUACUAUCCAUCAUACCCCUUGUGGUUGCUGAUAUUAUUGAGGAAGAAGAAAAUGUGCCCAUUGAUGAAUCAGAAUGGAGUUCCACAAACCAAUGGAAGGAAAAAAGGGUUCCUGGAAAGCGCCGCAAUGAUUUGGUCUCCAGCUUACAGUUACUGGGUGAUUACCAAGGCUUGCUGAGUCCACCCCAAUCUGUUGUUUCAGCAGCCAAUCAAGCUGCUGCAAAAGCCAUGUUGUUCGUUUCUGGAAUCAAUGUUGGGAGUGCAUACUUUGAGUGUAUCAACAUGAAUGACAUGCCAAUCAAUUGUUCUGGAAACAUGCGCCAUUUGAUCGUUGAAGCUUGUAUUGCCAGAAACCUAUUGGACACAUCAUCAUAUUUCUGGCCAGGGUAUGUGAAUGGAUCCAUCAGCCAAAUACCUCAUAGUGUGGCAUCUCAGGUGCCUGGUUGGUCGUCAUUCAUGAAGGGGGCCCUACUUGCCCCAGCAAUGAUCAGUGCCCUGGUUUCGAGUCCUGCUUCAAGUUUAGCAGAGCUCGAGAAAGUUUAUGAGCUUGCUGCCAAAGGGUCAGAUGACGAGAAGAUAUCUGCUGCUACAAUUCUUUGUGGGGCGUCCCUUCUUCGGGGUUGGAAUAUACAGGAACAUACCGUUCAGUUUAUUACUAGAUUAUUGUCUCCUCCAGUUCCUGAUGAUUAUUCUGGGGUCGACAGCCAUUUGAUAAGCUAUGCUCCAAUCCUCAAUGUACUUGUCGUUGGACUAGCAUCUGUUGAUUGUGUUCAGAUCUUCUCACUACAUGGCUUGGUCCCACAACUUGCAUGUUCAUUGAUGCCAAUUUGUGAGGUUUUUGGGACAUGUGUGCCAGAUGUCUCAUGGACUUUGCCCUCAGGGGAAGAAAUAUCUGCCCACGCUGUGUUUUCAAAUGCAUUUGCACUUCUUUUGAAGCUAUGGAGAUUUAAUCAUCCUCCUCUUGAACAUGGAGUUGGAGAUGUACCUACAGUUGGAUCCCAGCUAACUCCUGAAUACCUCUUAUCAGUACGAAACUCCUACUUAGUCUCUUCCGGAAACGUCCACAAGGAUCGAAACAAAAGGAGACUCUCUGCGGUUGCAACUUCAUCAUCUCCGCAACCAAUAUUUGUGGACUCAUUUCCAAAAUUGAAAGUCUGGUAUCGGCAGCAUCAAAAAUGUAUAGCAUCCACCCUCUCCGGUCUUGUUCAUGGAAGCCCUGUUCAUCAGACUGUCAAUGUGCUUCUUAACAUGAUGUUCAGAAAGAUUAAUAGAGGAAGCCAGUCUUUAACUACUAUUACUUCUGGAAGUAGUUGCUCCUCUGGAUCUGGAAAUGAGGAUUCUUCUCUGAGGCCUAAAUUGCCUGCCUGGGACAUAUUGGAGGCUGUUCCUUUUGUGGUUGAUGCAGCAUUGACAGCCUGUGCCCAUGGAAGGCUAUCGCCACGUGAAUUGGCUACAGGGCUUAAAGAUUUAGCUGACUUUCUUCCUGCAUCUUUGGCAACCAUUGUGAGCUACUUCUCAGCUGAAGUAAGUCGAGGUGUUUGGAAGCCAGUAUAUAUGAAUGGUACAGAUUGGCCAAGUCCUGCUGCAAACUUGUCCAAUGUUGAGGAAAAGAUCAAGAAAAUCUUGGCUGCUACUGGUGUUGAUAUCCCAAGCCUUGCAGCAGGAGGGAGCUCCCCAGCUACACUUCCCUUGCCUCUGGCUGCUUUUGUGAGUCUCACCAUAACCUAUAAAAUUGACAAAGCCUCGGAACGAUUUCUCAAUCUGGCUGGUCCAGCAUUGGAGUCACUCGCAGCUGGUUGCCCUUGGCCGUGCAUGCCAAUAGUGGCUUCUCUGUGGACCCAAAAGGCUAAACGCUGGUUUGACUUCCUUGUGUUCUCUGCAUCUCGUACUGUUUUCCUCCACAACAGUGAUGCAGUGUUUCAGCUUCUUAAAAGCUGCUUCGCUGCCACCCUUGGUCUUGGCACCACAGCUAUCUCAAGCAAUGGUGGUGUUGGAGCACUUCUUGGCCAUGGAUUUGGUUCUCAUUUUCGCGGUGGGAUUUCUCCUGUUGCUCCUGGAAUUCUUUAUCUACGUGUUUACCGAUCCAUUAGAGAAAUUGUGUUCAUUACAGAAGAAAUUAUCUCUCUCAUAAUGCAUUCAGUGAGAGAAAUAGCUUGCAAUGGACUUCCAAGAGAAAAAAUAGAGAAAUUGAAGAGACCAAAAAAUGGAUUGAGAUGUGGACAGGUUUCUCUGACGGCUGCGAUGACUCGGGUGAAACUUGCUGCUUCACUUGGAGCUUCUUUAGUAUGGUUAUCUGGUGGAGUAGGUUUAGUUCAGUCAUUGUUCAAAGAAACUUUGCCUUCUUGGUUUAUUGCUGUUCACAGGUCUGACCAGGAAGAAGGACCUCAAGGGAUGGUUGCCAUGCUUCGGGGAUAUGCGCUUGCUUAUUUUGCUGUACUUUGUGGAGCUUUUGCUUGGGGAGUUGACUUGUCAUCAUCUGCAUCAAAGCGGCGUCCUAAAGUCCUUGGUUCACACAUGGAGUUUCUAGCAAGUGCACUUGAUGGAAAGAUAUCACUUGGUUGUGAUUGGGCAACUUGGCGAUCGUAUGUGUCAGGUUUUGUGAGCCUAAUGGUAGGUUGCACACCUUCUUGGGUGCUGGAGGUGGAUGCAGAUGUUCUAGAGAGACUGAGUAAAGGAUUGAGGCAGUGGGACGAGGAGACGCUUGCCCUGGCUUUGCUGGGAGUUGGAGGAGUUGAGACGAUGGGUGCAGCUGCUGAACAGAUAAUCGAGGAACAGUGAUUUCCAAGUCUUUUUCCAAUUCCAUUUUUAACUCCUCUAGGUUAGUAGUUUUACUCUUUAACAUAUAGUUGUACAUUAGCUUACUUCUUGGAAUAUUGUGCAGUAACAAACUUUGUAAUCCUAGUUUGUAUACAAAUGGAAGAUUUUCGCAUCUUAAUAAAGGGUUAGCUUGUGGAAAAA